UAAAAUAAACCUAAACCUAAACUUGUCUCUCAAAACCAGAAUACAAGCCCCAGCCACCCAGGAGCACAGACGCUGCCACCACCUAGCACAGCCCUGCAUCCCUCGCCGGUAAGCUCCUACUCGGUGUCGGCGCUCAUCCUCAGUCACGCCAUCACUGCUCCUUGCCGCUCAUCCUCAGUCCCUUGCUGCAACAGCUUCUCCUUGCGGCUGGCCCGCUGCUCCAUCUCCUUGAGGCUGCUGCUCUAUCGACAUAUCUGCUCUUAUUCCGUGUUGUGGUCUUUCAGUCCUGUUCAGUUCAAUGUGUUCCCAAAAUUUCUUUCUUAGUUGUUGAUUGAAGACAUGUCAAGUCGGCCUGAGCUUCUGGCUCCGCCUGAGAUAUUCUACGAUGAUGUUGAAGCCCGAAAGUACACUUCUUCUUCUCGUAUUAUUGAAAUUCAGUCAAAGCUAUCAGAGAGAGCAGUAGAGCUUCUUGCUUUGCCGGAUGAUGGAGUUCCCAGAUUACUUCUUGACAUCGGUUGUGGAUCAGGACUUAGUGGAGAGACACUGACUGAAAAUGGGCACCAAUGGAUUGGCUUAGACAUUUCACUAUCAAUGCUUAAUAUUGCAUCGGAACGAGAGGUGGAAGGUGAUAUUUUGCUUGGUGAUAUGGGGCAGGGUUUAGCUCUUCGUCCUGGCGUUAUUGAUGGUGCCAUCAGUAUCUCUGCUGUUCAGUGGUUAUGCAAUGCUGACAAGUCCUCCCAUGAGCCAAAACUGAGAUUGAAGGCUUUCUUUGGAUCAUUAUAUAGAUGCUUGGCAAGGGGAGCAAGAGCAGUGUUUCAAGUAUAUCCUGAAAAUCUAGCUCAGCGUGAGCUGAUUUUGAGAUCUGCUAUGCAUGCUGGAUUUGCCGGGGGUGUGGUAGUUGACUAUCCUCACAGUGCCAAGAGCAGGAAAGAAUACCUUGUCCUCACUUGUGGACCACCAUCACUAACCACAGCCACUCCAAAGGCAAAAGGUGAAGAUGGAGAAAGUUGUUCUGAAGACGAAGUCAGUGAAGAUGAGGAAAAUCAGACUGUUCGCUUUUCGGACAGGCAGAGACCUAGGAAAAAGCAGAAAGUAAACAAGAAAGGGAAGGGAAGAGAAUGGGUACUGAGGAAAAAGGAGCAAAUGAGAAAUAAAGGAAUUAAUGUGCCUCCUAACACAAAAUACACUGCUAGAAAGCGGAAGGCUCGAUUUUGAUCUAUAUGUUGUAAUUUAAAUUUUGGGUGCGGAUGUUCCUGUCUAUAUGCACUGAUGCAUGUUGGAGUUGCUGCUACUUCUUGGUUAAUUCAUGGUUAGAGAUGACUAAGAUGAGGUGGAUAACAAUCAACAGAGCAUGAAGUCAGGUGGGGAGGGAUGAUUAUUCUAGCCAAAACCUAGAAGGUACUUUGUUCUCCCUUGUUUUGUUUUGGUUUAAAUUACUUUGAGAGGUAGAAAGGUAUGCAAUUUGUUUCCCUAAAUUAUUUUGUUUGCAUGUAAAAGUAAUACCAGUCCCAUGAAUGGCUUCAAAGUUCCAAUGGAUUUCAUGGGAUUUUUCCCAACAUUUUUUUAAAAACAUUCUUUUUAUUUUUUUGGCUGUUUGCAGAACAGGAAAACAUUAUUUGAUUUGUCUUGGAUUGGCUUUCAUGCCUAGUCAAUUUUACAAUUCUUUUUUGA